AUUGGAUCUUCCCAAGGCAAUGGUGAAAGAAAAGAAAAAAGCAGACAAAAGAGGGGAGAAGUCAGCCCCCUCUCCCUCAUCUCUCUCUGAUAAUCUAGACUUUUCCAAACAAGAUGGCAACACUACUAGGCAAGAGAUGUCCCCAGCUGGUGUCCCAUUGCUGGGAAUGCAGCUUAACGAAGCGAAACCGAAAAAGGACCCCCGAAACGUUCAGCAGAAUGAAGAUGCCACCCAAUACGAAGAGUCUAUUCUGACCAAACUCAUCGUGGAAAGCUAUGAAGGGGAGAAAGUUCGUGGGCUGUACGAGGGAAAAGGCUUCGCAGUCUUUCAAGGCGGUUGUACCUAUCGUGGUAUGUUUUCAGAAGGACUCAUGCAUGGACAAGGGACUUAUAUUUGGGCCGAUGGAUUAAAAUACGAG